AUGAUUCAUAAACAUGCCUUUGAAGCAUUGGAUAGAACCUUAAAAGAUAUAUUGAUGCCUGAUUGUUCAAAUAGCGAAGCUUUACCAUUUGGAGGAAAGGUAAUUGUAUUUGGUGGUGACUUUAGACAGAUUCUUCCUGUUGUUCCUAAUGGCUCUAGACAAGAUAUCGUGAAUGCUUCCCUGAGUUCGUCAUAUAUAUGGAAUAAAUGCAAGUUACUAACGCUAACAAAAAACAUGAGGCUCACUGUUGGCAUGAAUCAUGGUGAUAUUGACAAGACAAAAGAGUUUGCUAAAUGGCUUUUGGAUAUUGGCGAGGGAAAACUUGGUGGUCGCAACGACGGAGAAGCUGUUAUUGAUAUACCUCAAGAAUUGUUGAUUACUGAAUCCACUAACCCUAUUGGUAAUCUGAUCAACUUUGUGUAUCCUUCGAUACUUGAAUCGUUCAAUGAUCCAAAUUAUUUUCAGGAAAGAGCCAUACUUGCUCCUAAGAACGACGUUGUUCACGAGAUAAAUGGUACCUUAUUAGCAAUGUUUCCUGGUGAUCAUAAAGAGUAUCUAAGUUCAGAUUCCAUCUGCCAAUCUGAGAAUGUAACUGACCAUAUUCGACACAAUGUUUACCCCCCCGAUGUUCUAAAUGGUCUUAAGGUUUCAGGAAUGCCGAAUCAUAAAUUGGUUUUAAAAGUUGGUGUUCCUAUCAUGCUGUUACGUAACCUUGAUCAGAAAAACGGUCUGUGCAAUGGUACAAGAUUACAAGUCGUAAAACUUGGUGAUCGGAUUAUUGAAGCCAAAGUGAUUUCUGGUAAUAAUAUUGGUACUAGAACUUUUAUACCAAGGAUCAAUCUAUCCCCCUCUGACAAACGAAUACCUUUCAAGCUUCAAAGAAGGCAAUUCCCGAUAGCUGUGUGUUUUGCAAUGACGAUAAAUAAAAGUCAGGGACAGUCGUUAUCUAAGGUUGGUUUGUUUCUAAAGCAGCCUGUUUUCACUCACGGACAACUAUAUGUUGCAGUUUCAAGAGUCAAAAGCAUGGAUGGUUUAAGGAUGUUAAUAUUAGAUGUUGAGGGGAACGUUACUAAUAAGACUACAAAUGUUGUAUACAAAGAGAUAUUCUCAAAUUUAUAG